UGACAGGCAGGUAAAAUCACUGGCGGUAAUAUAGAACAGUGCCCUGAUUGGCUGAUACGCAAUCCCUCUCCAUCCCUAUGGAUGCUUGCUGCUGUUCAUUGUAUUGAUAAACUGCUUGCUUAUUCACUCGCAUCCAGCAUCUUCGCUUUGGCUGGAGAAAUAUUAGGCUAAAUUAAUUCAGUAUUGGCGUUAUCAUAGCGAAUAAGAGAGGAGGAAAGCAAACAACAUGACCAUCAGAAAUGUACGGGAUCAUGGACAGAGGUUCCGACCGAGGAUGGCAUGUCUCAAAAAGGUGGAGGCUGUGAUGCUGGAGAUGCAGGAUCCAAAGACUGGAGUCAAGUCACAACCCCAGAAACUGGUUAUCACUACUAUACCGCACGCUAUCACAGGUGAGGAUGUCGUGACAUGGCUAGCCAACCGUUACACUAUAGAGGCAGAAGAAGCGUGGGCUCUGGGCACCAUGUUGGUGGCGUUUGGGUACAUCUAUCCCCUCCAGGAUCAUAAACGACUAGUCAUCAAACCAGACACAGCCCUCUACCGCUUUCAGACACCAUACUUUUGGCCGGCCCAGCAGUGGCCUGUAGAGGACACAGACUAUGCAAUCUACCUGGCCAAGAGAAACAUCCGCAAGAAAGGAGUUCUAGAGAUUCAUGAACAGGAGCAGUAUAACGGCCUUCACAAGUGGAUGAACCAUAAAUGGGACUUCAUUGUGAUGCAGGCUAAAGAACAGUACAGGGCGGGGAAGGAGAGGAAGAAGCCUGAUCGUGCGGUAUUUGACUGCCAGGAGAGAGCCUACUGGGUUGUACACAGACCUCCGCCAGGGACCGUCAGUGCAAUGGACUACGGACUAGAACGCAUGGUAGACCCCAACGCAGAGGAGAAAGAAACUUCAGACUUCUUCAGAAGAAUUAUGAUUUUUACCCAGCAGUCCAUCAUGAGGCCGAGGGUCAAGUCGUCUGUCUCUAUCGGAGCUCUGGUGAAAUACUCCGUCACCUGUAAUAAGCACGACCCUUUCCUAGCCCCCUGUCUCCCUAGCAACCCCUGGAUCACCGAUGAUGUCACGUACUGGUUGCUCAACAUGGCCAAUGUGGAUAUUCCUACUAAGAUGCGUGUGGAGAGGUGGACGUUCAGUUUCGGGGAGCUGCUCUCUGACCCUCGAGGCAGAGAUGACUUUAGACUCUUCCUCAAGAAGGAGUUCAGCGGUGAGAACCUGGCAUUCUGGGAGGCAUGUGAGGAUCUGAAGUGGGGAACGGCUGCUACCAUGAACGAGAAGGCCCAGCAGGUCUACAAGACUUUCUUGGCGCGUGGCGCCCCCCGGUGGAUCAACAUUGACGGGAAGACCAUGGAGGUGACAGUUAAAGGGUUGAAACACCCUCACAGAUACGUACUGGAUGCAGCUCAGACACACAUCUUCAUGCUGAUGAAGAAGGACUCUUAUGGGCGGUACCUGAAGUCUCCAGUGUUUAAGGACACUCAGAAGAGGGCCAUCGGUCCUGAUCAACACAGGUUCAGUGUGUCCCAGUUGGAGGCCAAUGCCAGGAAGCGUCGUCCCAGCAUCAGUCCCAUCAUCGUCCGCCAGCAGGAGAAGGAGGAGAGAGCCAGGAUGGCCACCAGUGGCCCUGUGGACAUCACACAGCUGUGUCGCUUUACAGCACCCGUCCCCCACCUCGCGGUCUACUCCGGCCCCCCCUCCUCCUCCCCGGCCUCACCCCCUUUCCCCUUCCGUCUCCCCCACACCCCCACCUGCCCUUCACCCAUCAGCGUAACCAUAGACAGCACCCCCGCCUCAGAACGCAGGUGGGAGGAAGGAAGAGGAGGUGGGCUGGAGGGGGUAGAGGCGGGCCCUGAGUGCUGGGGGACAGCUGUCUCUUCUCGUUCCCGUAUGGCUCUCUCAUUGGGCCGUCUGUUGAGGCGGGGCUGUACUUCCUCCACGGUAUUCGCCAGCCUGUCACCCAAAUGUCCUGCCCCCGCCGGGACCAGCAGCCGCGUUCAGCCUAUCAGCACGGAGCAGCCCAGCCAAGCCCCGCCCAGACGCAUUGCCAAUUUUUUCCAGAUCAAGGUGGACAUCCCUCCAGAGUGUCGCAUCUACCCCAUCGACUCAGAGGAUGAGGAGGAGAGUGGGGGGGCGUCGAGAAGGGGAGGAGGAGGAGGAGGAGGGCAGGUGAAGGAGAUCAUCUGUCCCUGGGAGAGUGUGACACCUCAUGAGGGGGCUGGGUAACAAACACACACACAUUCACGCACAAAUGCACAACACACACAGAGAUGGACACACACGGACACAGCUGAAUCCUUACCGUAAUCCUUAAUUUAACCAAACUGAUCGCUCUCUCGCACCUACCAGGUGACGGUCAUUCAAUUCAUACAUCAAUGCUCUGGACAUUCAGAAGUAGCAGAAGCUAGUCAAAGCUAGCUGAACGUUGCCCACUGACAUCAACCCAGCUCUUGAUUAUAUGAGUCUACUGGGAGUUUGCACAACACCUCUCAGCAAUGUACGUAUUUAUAUAUAUAUUCUAGUGAGUUAAACUCUGUUUACUUUUCUGACGUUAGGUCUACAGUGUGUCUCCACCAUGCUGCUGCUCUGUAGAGUUUUGCGUGAGGCUUCUCUGCUGUUUUAUGUAGCUUUGUAGUACUCUAGUCCAGGACUCGGACUUGACUCGACCAGUGGUGACUUGGGACUUGGACUCGGACUUGACUCGGACUCGACCAUUGGUGACUCGGACACAGGUCACGAUUUUCAUGGCUCGUGACUCGACUUGGACUUGACCAGUGGUGACUCAGACUCGGACUCGACCAGUGGUGACUCAGACUCGGACUCGACCAGUGGUGACUCAGAUUUGGACUCGACCAGUGGUGACUCAGACUUGGACUCGACCAGUUGUAACUUUGUUGUCAGACAAUCUCUCUCUUCUGCAUAAUUCAACAUACAUUUUAGAUAACUGUAUUGUCUAUUUAAUAGCCUUACAAAUGUGCCACACUGUAAUGAAAUUAAACUUUAAAAUGUUUGAACAGCAACGUUUAACACUAUCAAGUGACUUGGACACAAGGUUUACUGACUUGCCUAAAUCACUGUUUCAUACAGACUCCUGUUGGGUAGCCUUUGUCUUUAUCUUUAGGGGUUAAGUGAUGUUUUUCCAUAGUGUCUUUCCUAAUGGACAGUGCAGUGAGUUAACUAACAGAAUGUAUUUUACCCUCUACCUUUAAUGUGUUUACAGAGACCAGAAUGUGACACGUGAACAGUAUUGUAUGAUUUCUUGUGUAAGUGCCUCAAUAAAUGACUAAACAUGA